CCCGAUGACGUUUACGCAUACUGUCAACACCGAUCAAAACAAACUUUCUCGCGCAUCUGGGGUGGAAGUUGCUGCAGUUUUGCAUUUAUUUCCUUCUGAAACUCCUAUAAUUUAGCCCUAAACUCAUAACAUAUAACCAUGAUUACGUUGUGGUCACUGGUAGAAGCUUCGUUGCUUUUUCUGAACGCGGUUUGUGUAUUGAGCGAGGAGCGAUUUCUAUCGAAAUAUGGAUGGGGUAUGUCGGCACAGGUGCAAGGAUUCGGAGAGCCCACGUCAACCAAAGCACAGAUACUGCUGCUCGUCCGGUCGAUACGAACGGUGGCCAAAGUACCUUUAAUAUUUCUUAAUAUAGUAGCGAUAACGUUUAAACUUCUUCUUGGCUGACGAUCCUGCGGCCAGGUUCAUUCUUUGUGGUAUUGCUGAAUAAAUAUGUGACAUCAAAGUGAAUCUA